AUGCGGGUGCGUGCUGGGGUCAUAGGCGAUUGGAAUGUGUCUCUCAUGAAUGGCCAGGCACCCGUCCUGUUCGCCCAGUACGCCUUCAGAACGCUUCGUGUGCAACCACCAGAUCCUUUCGUUGAGUCCGCGACAGGAAGCUGCGCUGACUCCAGCGCGAGUUGCGUUACCGGCGCGCAGCUGACGUUUCACGGCGCAAAUUUUAAUUCGGCCAAUCCGUCGUACAACGACAUCGGAGUGGGUAGCAACGACGCAGAAAACCCUAUUCUCUGUAGAGUGAUUGCGGUGAGCGAAACACAGAUGUCCUGCGAGCUCAGCAUCCCGCACGACAAAGAUCAGGGUACGUAUCCGGUCGGCAUUCGUACACGCGUGUCAGUCACAGAAUGGGGCGCACGGCAAAACAUUGGAUUUCUUGUUCUUGGCGCUGGAGAGGGCGUUCCGGGACUGAGAGUCGAUGUGCCCCCGCAGCCAAUUCCUGGAGGGGGAGAAGACAAGAGCAACAACACAGCCGUUGUCGUUGGCGUUGUUCUUGGCACGCUGCUGCUUCUGCUGAUUGUAGCCAUGUCUGCUGUGUACUUCUGCCGCCGGUCGGCCUACAAGGAGGAGGUGGAGGAAAUGAUUUCUCUGGAGCAGCAGCUUCUCCGCGCGGAACGCGAAAGUGUGCAAUCACUGAAGAAGACGAAGCCGCUAGAAGAACUGUGA